AAAGAUAAUAGCCCAAGCCCAAUUCUUUUUCCCAAUAGGCUCAAAACGGAUCUUAUAAACUACUUACUGCUCUCCCUUACCGACCAUUCUCUGCUCUGCCCUAAUUUCUACCUUUCUCUUUUCUAUCUCUCCGGCAAACUCCUCUCAUCCGGCGUAAUCAUUUAGUUGGUUUGGAUGGAAGAAGAGUUAACUGAUUUGCUGCUGGAGGCAGCUGGUAGGACGAAUACGGGUGGAAGGAACCGUCCACCUUCAUCAUCAUCAUCUAGAAGGCAUCAUAAGAGUUCGUAUUCGGAUGAUGGAAGUGAUUCGAGGGAUGAUGAUUCUGACGAUGAUGAUGAUGAUGAUGAUGGUCGGGGUUAUUCAGGUCGAAAGCUAUCUGGUUCACAAGUUCCUCUUAAGAAAAGAUUGGACAAUCAAGAAAGAGAGGAUGAUCGUAGUAUUUAUGGAAAUGAGCGUGAUAGUGACGAUGGAGAUGGUUAUGGUAAUGAGAGUGAUGAUGAUUCUAUUGGAAGUGAUCUUUAUAAGGAUGAUGAUGACAGGGAGAAGCUUGCUCAGAUGACUGAAUUGGAAAGGGAGAUGAUAUUGACUGAUCGUGCAGCGAAGAAAUCUGAUAGGAGUCUGCAUAAUAAGAUGAUUAAGGAUCGGGCUCAACCUAGGAAGCAAAGCUCACCGCGUUCGCAUUCUCGUGGUAUGCGCUCGUCUACUAGAGCUUUGGAUAGGGCAGCUGAUAGAGAUGAUGCAUUGAAUGAGAUACGAGCCAAACGAGCUAGACAGCAGCAGGAUCCUGAGGGUCAAUGGAAACUUAGGGGGGAUGCAGCUAGAAGAGGUUCUGGAAGCAGGGGUUACUCACCUAUCAAACGUAGAAGUUUUGCAGCUGUGGCCUUAGGUAGUAGUCCUACCAGGGGAGAAAGUGAUUCACAUAGUAAUGAGGGAGAUUCAUCAGCUGAUGAUGCUAUGGAUGACAGUGAUGAUGACAAGUCAUCACCGGAGUCACAGUUGCCAACGUUUGAGGAUAUAAGAGAAAUCUCCAUUCGACGGUCUAAACUGGCAAAAUGGUUUAUGGAGCCCUUCUUUGAUGAGUUAAUUGUGGGUUGCUUCGUAAGAGUUGGCAUUGGGAGGUCAAGGUCUGGUCCUAUCUAUAGGCUCUGUAUGGUCCGGAAUGUUGAUGCUUCAGAUCCUAAUCGACAGUACAAGCUAGAGAAUAAAACCACAUCCAAAUAUCUGAAUGUCAUUUGGGGCAAUGAAAGCUCUGCUGCUAGGUGGCAGAUGGCUAUGGUUUCCGACUCUCUUCCUCUAAGGGACGAGUUUGAUCAGUGGGUAAGGGAAGUAGAACGAAGUGGUGGUCGUUUGCCCAGUAAACAAGAUGUGUUGGAAAAGAAAGAGGCCAUACAGAAAUCUAACGCAUUUGUUUACUCUGCUGACACUGUAAAGCAGAUGUUGCAGCAGAAAAAAUCUGCAACAUGGAGGCCACUUAAUGUUGCUGCUGAGAAGGAUCGUUUGAGAAGGGAGAUGGAAGUGGCCAAAAUGAAGAAUGAUGAAGCAGAGGUCGAGAGGAUUAAGGCAAGACUGCAGGAGCUGGAGGCUAGCAGGAAAGUUCAAGAGAAAGAUGACAAGGCUCGCAGGCUCGCUGAGAUGAACCGGAAGAAUAGGGCUGAGAAUUUCAAAAAUGCAUCAGAACUCAGACCAGUGAAUCAACUGUUAAAAGCUGGUGAGGCUGGGUAUGAUCCUUUUUCUAGAAGGUGGACUAGGUCUACAAAUUAUUUUGCAAAAAGUGCACCCAGCAGUGAAGCUACUGCUGCAACAUUGGCAGCUGGAGACAAUAAUGGGGCUAAUGGAACUGCUGACGGAGGAGAGGCAGCAACAGAAGCAGCCUUGCAGGCUGCAGCAGGAGCUGGAAAGUUGGUGGACACAAAUGCUCCGGUAGAUCAAGGAACAGAAUCAAAUUCCCUGCAUGAUUUCGAUCUGCCUAUCUCGUUGGCUAUGCUUCAGAAGUUUGGAGGGCCUCAAGGAGCCCAAGCCGGAUUUAUGGCUCGAAAGCAGAGGAUAGAAGCAACAGUUGGAUGUAGCGUUCCUGAGAACGAUGGGAGAAGGCAUGCACUAACUUUAAGUGUUAGUGACUACAAGAGGAGGAGAGGGCUCCUUUGAGAUGUACUACUGUUCUAAUAUUGCUCGGACUCUUGAAGAAUGUCAACGGAUGCGCAUCAGAUCCUCCAAAAAUAGUGUAAUUUUGAAGGAUCCAACAUGGGUGCGGCAAACAUUUUUGGAGAGUUCAAGCAACCUAGCUGCUGUUUACCACCUCUAAUCUGUUUGUUUUAUAAGUAUGACGUGUUAUAUGCUUUUGUUAUUAAGCCAAAUGGAUUCUCCUUCCCUUAGGAUUGUUGUUACUAGGUUCAUUUGCAAAAUGUGAAUGAAGAGUACAUUCGACUGUUAUCAAGUAUGAUGCAUGCUUUUAUUGCAA